UGUUGUUGAAGUAUUUAUCUUCAGGACCAAGAAAAAAGGUCAUUUGUUUAAAUUCAAUAAUCUUAUGUGAAAAACUGAAAAAAAUUCAUCAUUCUUAAUCGACUAAUCAACAACAACAACAACAAUAAACAUGGAUGCCAAUAUGAAUGAAGAUAAUCAAGAUACAAAUUCAUCGAGAAUGAUGAAAUUUGAUCCUGCCGUUUUGGUUGUUAGCCAUAUAAGAACAAUGACAAGAAAUGGUGUCGAAAUCAAAACCGUACAGGCAUCGGUCGGAAAGAAAAAUCAAUACUAUACAAAAGAUAUUUCGUAUACAAAUGAAAAAAUGAUUGGAAACGGUUCGUUUGGUGUUGUUUAUCAGGCAACAUUAUUGGAAGAAAAUGAAGUGGUCGCCAUCAAACGUGUUCUUCAGGAUCGUCGUUUCAAAAAUCGUGAAUUAAGCAUCAUGGUCUCAUUAGAUCAUUGCAAUAUUGUUAAAUUAAAAUAUUUCUUUUAUACACACAAAAAUCAACAAAAAGAAGAUAUAUAUUUGAAUUUGGUAUUGGAAUUCAUACCAGAUACAGUUUCCAAAGUUGCUAGAUAUUAUAUGCGACAAGGAACAAAAAUACCAAUGAAUAUGAUAAAGCUUUAUAUGUAUCAGUUGUUCCGUGCAUUGGCAUAUAUACAUUCAUUGGGCAUCUGCCAUCGAGAUAUUAAACCACAGAAUCUCUUGGUCAAUCCGAUGAAUGGCGUUCUUAAGCUCUGUGAUUUUGGGAGUGCAAAACAUUUGGUUCGAGGCGAAAUGAAUGUAUCAUAUAUUUGUUCUCGAUAUUAUCGAGCACCAGAAUUGAUUUUUGGUGCCACUGAUUACACAACAAAAAUAGAUAUUUGGUCCGCUGGAUGUGUUUUCGCUGAAUUAUUACUUGGAUAUCCAAUAUUCUCAGGUGAAUCUGGUGUCGAUCAAUUAGUAGAAAUCAUCAAAAUACUCGGCACCCCUUCGAAAGAUCAAAUCAGGCGUAUGAAUAAAAAUUAUACAGAAUUUAAAUUUCCGAAAAUUACUCCGAAUCCAUGGGAUCGCGUGUUUGGAGCUCGAACUCCUCCUGAAGUUAUUGAUCUUAUUUCUAAGUUGCUCGAUUAUACGCCGUUUUUACGUCUUGAUCCUUUGAAAUGCUGUACGCAUCGAUUCUUCGAUGAAUUGAGAACCCCGAAUUACCGGUUGCCGCAAGAUCGAGAACCACCACCACUGUUUAAUUUCACUGAACAAGAGCUUAAAAUAGCACCAGAAUUGAACUCGAUUCUUAUACCCCCACAUCUACAUUCACAAUUUUCUGAAUAUAUAAUCGAUAAUACCAACAAUCGUGAUUUGAUCGAUUCAACCACGAAUGAUCCAGCUCCUUCAACUUCGACAUCAAUUUCGGCUAAUGCCAGUGGUGGCAGCGAAGCCGUAAGCAAUCCAUCUCAAUCAGCCGAUUUGAAAGCAUCAACAUCAUCUGUAGGCAGCAGCGGUGGUACAAGUGGUGGCAAUGUUCCUCAACAAUCCCACAUGGCGGCAUCUCCUUCAUCGAGUUCAGUUAGCUCAAAUCCACGAUUCUCAUUAUCAUCGCCUAAGCAGCUGCAACAAACAUCUUCUGAAGUUAGCCUCAAAACUGGAUUGAAUGAUCCAAAUGAAUCGACGGUAUCUUCAUCAACCAGUAAUAUUCAAGCAGUUUCAGGUGACAAUAAUGUUGGAAAAUUGACCGACAUUUCUAAUGAUUCAGUCACGACAACGACCGCGGCUGCAGCUACAGCUCCUGCUGCCACAGUCAAAAUUGAGCAAUGAUUACCGAGUAUAAGAAUUCGAUGUGCAAAAGUUUUUUAGCACAAUC